AGAGUCGAGAGCGAAGCUCUUGGAACAGAGAGGCUGUCUGCUCCUUCGCCCCUCCACACACACCAGGUCCGCUCGGCUCCGGCUCCCCCGUCAGACCAGUUCGCCCACUACAGCCAGCUCCAUGGGGACGCAGACACUCCCAGCAGCCUGAGCCAGCUCCUGGCCAGACUCCUGCCCAGAAAAGGCUCUUCCUUCCAGAGCAGAUCCUCCCUCAGCAGCAGAGCCGUGGCCCCCAGCCACAGGAUAAAGGACAGAGACUACCUGGGCUGGAUGGACUUUGGAAGAAGGAGUGCAGAGGAGUACGAAUACUCCCCGUAAAUGCUUUCAUCCACCCCUGAUCCAAGUGUCUCAUCAUCUCAUAGGAGAUCUGUGAACAGCGAUGCUAACAUUAAACCAGCAAACAGUUUCUCACAGUGUAUCAAAAACUUGACAGGAAUAAAAAGACAUUAUGGGAGAUUUUUGUUGUUAAUGAGUCUUACAACCAAAAGCAUUCAUGUGUUUUUAUUUGUAUUAUUUUCAUUUCCCAAUGAUUUCUUUCCCCUCAAACAGUUCAAACAUUUCAUUUUAUUAAAGAGAAAAACAACUAAUGUCUUAAA